AUGCCUCCCAAACAUACCGCCCUCCUGGAGAAACAGCCCUCCAAACCCGCAGCCAACCCCGGGCAGAAGCACAAGAAGCGUCGUUUCCAAGUGUACCGCUCCCCAGAUGCCCAUGAACCAACUUCCGGCGCCACAGCCAUUCGUUCCACCUACAACCCCGAGCCAGCGGGCGAGAACGUCCCGCCGCCAAAGCAGCCGGACAAAGAUGAUCCAUUCACCGAUACCCGCGCGUUCAAGGAGAGGAAGAAGAUCCUCGGCGUGAAGACGACGAACGUGCCGCCUCGCCGGUCUGCUGCGAGGCAGGCAGGUGGUGUACCACCCCCAGCACCUACAAUUCCACACCCGGCUCGGCAGGUAGGUGGUGUGGCACCGCCAGCACCUACAAUUCCACGCCCGGCUCGGCAAGAUGAUCGUGUCCGCGGGAGGAUGUUUCGUCCAGCAGCUGCUGCUGCACCCGCUGUCAAGGAAGAAGAGGAGGUAUUUCCAUCGUCUCCACCCGUUCUAGCACCUUCUGCGCCCGUCGCUCCACCUCCCGCUGUCAGGACUAGACAUGUUCGGGGGAAGAAACCCCGCCCUGCAACCGCAGUCCCGGCCGACGAGGACCCGGCGAUCUCCCCGCCUGCUACAGCAGCGGAGGUCUCCAUCACGUCGAGGAAGCGGGUCAUCACCGAUGGAGACGUGGACGCCGUCAUCGAUGCGGGCCGUACCCCACUGGUUGUCAUCCCCUCCUCACCACCUGUCCCCAGCGGCAAUGCGGCAGAUGAGGACGCUUUUAUGUCCACUCCCGUUCGGCGGGGACUUCUACCUGUUCGCCUCAUGGGCCGAGAUACGGAUGAACUUACGUUGCCGGAUGGACGCUAUGUUGUGAGUUACGAUGGGGAGGAUACUGUAGCCACGCAGGCUGCGCCUGAUAAGGGUGCUGUUGUGGAGAAGGGGAAGCAGAGGAUGCAGAGGAAGCAGGGGAAGCGGGAGCAAAAGAAGCAUGCGAUGUUCUCCGUGAGCCCAGUUGCACAGUUUACGCCGAGGGAUGGGGUUCGCAAGAGGAAGCGGGUGGAGAUUUUUGAGGAGAAUGAGCAGCAGCAGGAGGAGGAGGAGGGGGAGGAGGAUGCAGAGAGCGAAUCCACCAUCGCUCCUCCAGAGGACACCACCCGUGCCUCCGCCAGUACUUCCAUGCCCGAGCCGGCCGUUGCGAAAAAGGACAGAACACUGAAACUCGCCAGUGUCACCAUCAACACCGCCUCCCCCGCCGCCGCCGCCACGAAGACUGCGGCCAAAGCCGUUUCCUCCCACGUUUACGGCAAGAGGGUCAAGAGGGCGGCACCGGUGGAGACGGAGGCGGCACGCAAGAUGUUCGUUUUCAGCGAGGACUAG